UGGCUCCUGCUGCUGGAGUUGGUUUAAAUGGAGGAUUCAGAGGGCGGCGCCGAAGCGACGGUCCUGUCUGGACCUCGCUGCGAUUGGGCGAGCUCGCUCUGACCGCCUUCUGUCUUUGUCUCCGCCCUCAGUACGUGUUCGUGUCCCUGCUGUCCCGAGACAGCGUCUACGACGUCCUCAGGAGGAUCUGCACCCACCUGCAGGUGAACGGGAAGAGUCUGAGUCUGAAGCAGUACCUGGAGGAGCCCAGCUCGCUGUCCAUGGACGAGUUUCCAGAGGUGCUGAAAUGGAGACGGAAACCGUCGCUUCCCGCCGUCUCCUCCUCGCUCCCCGAUUUGCUGGGAAACUCCACCCCCAGCCUCGCCGCCACCACCACCUUCAGUGCUCACACGCUCACAGACUGCAGCCUGGAGACGGAGAAGAUCCUGCUGACAGAGCCGGUACCUGAACUGGGCCACGCAGAGUACCAGCUGCUCAGACUCUUCAUCCUGCUGGUCUUCCUGCUGGUCCUGUCGUCCUGCUAUCUGGCCUUCAGGGUUUGUCGUCUGGAGCAGCAGCUCAGCUUCCUGAGCAGCCAGCCGACGCUGAGAGAGAGCUCAUGUGACCUGGGAAGACGUCGGGAUCCCGAGCUGAAGAAGGAGAGCUCAGGGGUGGACGAACAGCUUACAGAGGCACGCAAACACCUGAGUCGACCCGUCAG